AUGGAUAUGAGAGCUGGAAGUGUUUGUGUCAACCUGCGUCCAGUCCUUCUGCAUUUGUCUAUAAAGGGAGACUGUUUCUCUCGUAAGGACCAAGACAAGUUCCUCAAGCUCUUUUCGCCUGAACCUAAGGCGGCAAACAAUCCUACACUUCUCACUUAUAUCUCUUUACCUUUCAUUCUAAUAUCUUCUGCUGUGUCUCAUCUACCUAUAACCUGCGGCGCAGAACCGCCAGCAAAAUGUAGAAUUACAACGAAGAACCGAUCAUCGGCACCUACCACGCCGGAGGAUUGCCACGGCCGACGCCAGGACUCCCCGCACCAGGGUCCGCUGCAGGGUGUGCGCCUAUGGUUCAACAGUGAGGAGUAUUAUGUGAUUGUGGGCGUACCCCGGCUUGUCGGCAACGCGAUCGCUCAAGAAGGCUGCCGUGCGUCCAAUGUGUCCAAAGCUUGGAACCAGGCCUGGGCUCCUCAUACCACCGACGCCGAUGACGAUACUGGUGACUGUCUACCCGACGGCAACAUCUACUAUAUAUAUGGAUCUGGCGAGCAUUGCAUCAGAGCGAUCCGCGACAUGGCUCCCGAGCUCAACCAUGUUUGA